AGUGAGCCCUCUCGCUUUUAGCUGAAUUGGACUCUUUCAGUGAACUGUUGACUUUCUGCUAGCGUGCAAUGUAAACACGGGGUUUUGUUGAGACUUUAACAAGUUUGCAGUUCCUCUGUGUUGCAUUUUAAGACAAAACAAUUACGCUACUUAACACCUUCAAACGAGGAACUCAGCAAGAGGUUCUACGUUGACUACCGAGUCUUUAAAGUCACAUACCACUAGUAUCAAGGAUAUCAAGACUUUUCAAGGAUGCAGGUGCAGAGAGUCGUACUCAACUCACGACCAGGUGGGAAAAUAAACUUCCUUUAUCUGUCCUACAUAAGAGGGAGAGGCCUUUUUUUUCUCUAUAGGGGAGAGUGGGGUAAGUUGAGCCACCCUCUGUUAGUUGGAAAUGGUAAAAGAAAUUGAUCAUGUGACCAAAUAUUUAGGAGAUUGGCAUCAAUUCAUGGAGUCUGUGAAGGUUAGAAGCUCAUAGGUAAGGGGGUUAGACAUUUAUUUAAAAAAAAAAAAAAAAAAACAUUUUUCACUCUUGAAAGUGAAUUUAGUCUGUUACAAGUUUGAUUAGAAUUGUGUUCAGACCAAAAAAGGUCAUUUUAAACUUGUUUUAUACAUCAAUUGUGGUAUCUAUGAGCUACAACAUGAGGUCAAAAACAUAAAAGUCCACCAUUUUAGCUUAGAGGACUAAUAAAGUCAUUAUAAAGUCAUUGAGGUGGUAGGGAUAUGGCUCAACUUACCCCACCCCUAUGUUCAACUUACCCCAUACACAGGGUAAGUUGAACAUAGGAGACCACUUUUUUGGCAUGCUUUAUUAUCUGUUGGUUUGCAGGGAUGCACAACAUCUUGAAAUAUAUGUAGAUACACUAGUUAGAGACAAAAAUAUGAUUGUCUUGAUGUAGUGAUCAGAAAUAUGAAAACUGGCUCAUCUUACCCCACUCUCCUCUACUGUCUUUCGUUGAAACAUUACUGCAUCCAUGCAGCAAUAACAUUUAUACUGACUUUACUUUUCUUCUUUAAGGUAAAAAUGGGACCCCUGUACCGGAAAAUUUCCGACUGGAGGAUACGACCUUAUCACCUGAUCUGAAAGAUGGAGAGGUCCUACUUCGGACGCUUUACCUCUCAGUCGACCCUUAUAUGGUAUAGAUACAUUUAGAAUGCACUUACAUUUUUAUACUGUUUGAUUUGGUAUCCUACAUGUCUAGUAUAAACCCCACAAAAUAGAAAGGGUCAGUAUUUGAUAUGGAUAAGUUCUAGUUUAGGGAAUAAAUGAUGACUCAAGCUGCCUCUUGCCUUUGUCAUUCAAAAUAAUGCAUUCAUCAAGUUCAGCCUUACCUACAGGUUAAAGGGAUAUUGCUAUCGUGCGGUCGUUACUAAAGUUGAUAUAACUAGAGAAGUAAGCGGUAAGCAACAUUUAUCUCUCAAGGGGGGUGUUAACUCAGUGUUACGGUGUGUUUGACCCUAACUUAAUUUUACGCCGGAAUAUCCCUUUAAUGCUGCAAACGUCCCCUUUAUCACUAAUAUUUCUGUCUUUGUUUUGCAGCGGUGUAGAAUGAAUGAAGACACUGGCGCUGAGUACUUGACUCCAUGGCAGCUGUCUGAGUGUGUGGAUGGUGGAGGUGUUGGCAUGGUUGAGUCUAGUCGCUGUGCCAGUUUCACAAAGGGAGAUGUGGUCACAAGCUUUAACUGGCCUUGGCAGACCCAUGUUGUCAUGGAAGGAAGUAUCUUACAAAAGGUGUGGCAUCAUGCUGUUUAACAUUUUUAACGGUAAACUUUGUUAUAUUUCCCCUCUUAGAAAGAACGAUUGCUUUAAAUCGUAUCAUCGUGAGUUGUUAUGUUUCUUUUUGUCCAUCACAGGUUGAUCCACGGCUGGUUGACGGACACUUGUCCUACUUUCUGGGUGCGGUGGGCAUAACAGGAUUAACAGCGCUUCUCGGUGUAAGAGAGAAGGGUAACGUGAUCAAAGGAGGCAAUCAGACAAUGGUGGUGAGCGGCGCAGCGGGGGCCUGCGGCUCCAUAGCUGGACAGGUAGAUACAGCAAAGUGUAGAAGUAGUAUAACAGGGUGCCUCUGUUAUCUGAGGUUAAUGUAAAGAAACAGCAUUCUCAAUUUUUUUUUUUUUUUAACAUAUGGUAUUAUUGACUUGAUUUCACUCUGUUUCCUUUUUCCAGAUUGGCAGGCUUGAUGGUUGCGUAAGAGUGGUAGGUAUUUGUGGUUCGAGUGACAAAUGCAGAGCCAUAGUGGAAGACUUGGGCUUUGAUGCAGCCAUCAACUACCGUCAAGAGGAUGUUCCUACAAGGCUGAAAGAGAGCUGCCCUCAUGGAAUAGAUGUUUACUUUGACAAUGUGGGAGGAAACAUCAGUGAUUCUGUAAUCACACAGGUACUGCUUGAAUGUAUCUAGGUGCAGAGCAGUACCAAAUGCUGUUUUUGGCAUGAUCAUUUGUUAAAUCUAAUGUGUUAUUUGGCUUUGUUUCUUUUGGUAUUGGUGCUGCCAAUAUUUGCAAAAUUAGAAAGUCAAGACUUUGUGUUCUCCUGUUUCUCAGCAGUGAGUAUUCUGUGUCUUAUAAAAUCGAUUUCAAACAUUGACCUCUAGCCUUCUCUUUAUCUUCAGAUGAACAAUGGAGGCCAUGUGAUCUUGUGUGGGCAGAUCUCACAGUACAACAAGGAUGUGCCUUAUCCUCCCCCUUUGAGUGAGGAGAUACAGGAAAUCCUGCGAAGUAAGAACAUCACCCGGGAGCGAUUUAUGGUGCUUAACUACAUGAACAAAGCAGAAACUGCCCUGAGUGAGCUCAGCCAGUGGAUUAAAUCAGGCCAAAUCAAGGUAGGGAGGAAAUUAUGAUGAUGUGUGGGUGCCAGUGUUUGUGUGCAAAAUGCAGGUCUCUUUCUCAUCCGUAUAUUCACACUGUUGUAUUAAAUUUUUACUUCCAUCCUGCAGGUUCUGGAGACUACAGUUGACGGGAUUGAAAAUAUGGGAGGUAUGUGGAUUAUGAAUUUUACAUUGUUACGUCGCUGUUUCACUUCAUCACAAGACUGUUUUUGUAAACUGGGAGGAGUUUGAGUCUUUUCUUCCCUCUCCUUUGCAGGUGCAUUUUGCUCUAUGAUGAAAGGGGGAAACACUGGCAAGCAAAUCAUAAAGAUAUCAGAGUGAAGAAACUGACUGUAGCCUCCAGUUCUCAGAGAGAGACUGUUCUUAACAGACACCAUGGGAAAUAAACAUACAAUUAUCUUUAUAACCCUGCUAUCAACACUAAUCUUGGAACCGUGGUAAGAUAUUGCUUUGAUUAGCUAACACCAGCUGGUUACAGUUAUGAAACAAACAAAAAAAAACAUUGCCAGAAAUUGUCUUCCUCAGAAAUGAAAAACUAAAUUUUACGAGUGGUUGGCUGGGAAAGUCUUGAUUAUUAAUAUUUUAUCUAUUUUGGAAAGUUGUGUAGACAUUAACAAAUAAAGUUGUAUACUGAA